AUGCAUGGGACGGACAAUGGCAAGAGAAAGCUCCCCUUUUUCAAGUCCACGACGCCAGUCGACCGCCAGCGAAAGUCCACCGUCCACUGGCAUCGCAUACUACGGUCGCUGUUGUAUUUGAUCGCUUGGAUCUUUUUGGUGCUGGUAGUCAUUGGCAACACCUCUAAUAGACCAGUCCUACGCAGUACCUACUUCCUCUACCUCGAUCUUGCCAAUAUUAUCCCCGUCUCCAUUCCCAAUGCCGUCCUUAUCAACUCUAUCGCCCAAUCAAUCGGUCUACAUGACUUCUACCAGGUUGGCCUAUGGAACUUCUGUGAAGGAUAUAAUGGACAGGGAAUCACCCACUGCUCCAAGCCGGAGACUCUCUAUGCCUUCAACCCGGUUGAGAUCAUCUUGAACGAGCUGCUGGCCGGUGCUACGGUCGCUCUCCCAGCCGACAUUGAAAGCCCAUUGAAACUAGCCCGUACCGCCUCCCACUGGAUGUUCGGACUCCUCCUCACUGCAGCAGUCCUGAAUUUCGUCAUGAUCUUCGUCGCCCCGUUCGCCGUGUCCUCACGACACCCACGGAGCAUCAAAGCCUGGGCAGCAGGCUACAACGACGGCCACCCGCCCGCGGGCAAUCCACCCCACCGCCGACGGACAUUCGUCUGGCUACGCGCCCUCCCCAUGUUGAUCCUGACCUUUAUCACCACGCUGGUCACGAUCGUCGGGUCGGCCGUCGCGACAGUCAUGUUCGUGAUCUUCGCCAACGUCUUCUCAAACGCCGACCCGAGGAUCAACAUUAAGGCGCACGUCGGCACCCAGAUGCUGGUCUUUAUGUGGAUCGCUUCGGCGUUCAGUUUGAUCCCCUUUAUCAUUCAGAUCGGCUCUUGCUGCGCCGCAUGCUGUCGUGGUCGCAAGGCCCGUAAGCAGCUCAAGUCGCAGGGUGUUAACUGGCGCGAGAAGGGUUCGGUUGGCCCCGCGACCGAAGAUCGCGAACCCCACGCAAUCUCGAACUGA